GGUGAAUUCAAUAUUCUUCUGACUAAUAUUAUUUAUUGAGACAUAUUAAUGAACAUAUUACUAACCUAUCUUUAGUACAAUAUUAUAUUACCCAUGGCAAUAUUUUAUUUAACAAUACUGUAUUUUUUCCUCCAUGACGGAAGAAGUUUCAUCUGUCUCUCUUACUCAAUGAUGAAACUGGUUUUCUCUCUCAACGUGAAGUCCAUAAUAAUAUCUUCAUGUCAACUAUUAUGUCAUCAAACAACCAUUUAUACAGCCAACGGGAGCUCUUUAUUUUGUAAACACCAACAAAUAAUCAAUAAAAAUCGUUAUCAUUAUUUUAUUUUGUGUUUACACUUGGCUGCAGCUUCAACUAUGAUGUGUUUGGUUUUUUGCCCGUUUCUAGCGAAUUGAAAAUAAGGGUUAACUUUCAAUUUAGGUUUAUAAAUUUGUUUAUAUUACUCUUCAUUAAAUGUAUUAUUGUUCAUAACUCGUUAACAUUUGGUUUAUUUUGACAAGUAAGUACAAAUCUGCUUUAUACAAAUCAAAUAAUGUACAUGAAUGUUUUUUUUUUCAUAUAGUUGUAUGGGAUGGUUUAUUUUUAUAGGAACCAUCAUAAAAAAUAUUAAACUUUAAAAACAAUGAAUCGACGGCGAAGAGCAUCAUCAAUUGCUAGUCGUGCAACUGAUGACGAAGUUGAAAGUUCACCAGUUGAACAAAUGCGCAAAAAAAGACGAAUGGAUCCGGUAUAUGUAAUUUUGAAUAGCAAUUUUUAUAUUAUACAAAAUAUAUUAUUUUACAAAUGUGUUUGCAAAGUAAUAAUAUUGUGUAUAUCUGGACUUGAGUUAGAUCAAGAACCAAUUGUUUGCUGUUAUAUUUUAAAGAUUUUAACCAAUCAAUAAUUUUUUACGGAUGAAUUUAAGGUCUAAUAUAAUAAUUGUAUUAAGUGCAAAUUAAUAAAUAAUCAUUGAAUUAUCUGUGGCUUCGAUCUUACAAUCCGGUUCUGUAUAAUAUACACGUUGAGUAAAUUAUGAACAAUAUUAACUAUGUAAUCUAUUUCUUAAAAUGCAUUUUCUUUAUUGUUGUAAUUUGUUGAUUAGUUCGCAGACAUAUUUGACUCUUCUCUAUUAUCUGUUUUCAUCAUUAUUUGAAUAUAUAAGCCACAUCCUCGGUUCUUUAUUAAUUGUUGAAUGUAUACUAGUCUUCCCCUGUGGUUCUUCUUUUCUAUGAUCCCUUUUAAAAUUAGUUUUAACAAUCCUUUCUGUUGAAUUAUAUAGCCUAUCCAUUAAUUUUGCUUUUUAAUUAUAUUUUUCCGAAAUUUAUUUUAUUAUUAUCAAAUAAAUAUAUUGAUUAGGUUUCAAUGUUUGGGUUGAAAUUAAACAAAAGUAUAAAUACAUAUAAUAAGGAUUCAUGAAUAAUGUUAGUAAUGAAAUUGUUUAUUUUUAUUUAUAUUGACCUUAUUACUGAUUAUAAAGUAAACCUUUUCACUGAAAAAUAUCAAAUGGGUCUUUUUCAGUAUUGAGUAAUUUCUAGUGAUUAAAUUUGUAAUAAUUAAUAACAAUAGUAUAAAAUAAUAAACAUAAUUGUGUUAGGCUGGAGAGUAGUAAAAAUAACCGAAAAUAACUUACCAUGAAAUUAACUACAGUUAAACACAAUAUAUAGUUAAUAGUUUUAGUAAUAUAAUUUUUGCUUAAAAUUUAUUUUUAAUUAUUAUAAUUAUAAUUAGGUGGAUAUAGUUCAAUCAGUAUAUGAUACAAUACGAAAUUUAAAAAAAGAAGAUGGUACAUUAUUAUGUGACAGUUUUAUAAGAGCACCAAAGAGAAGACAAGAACCAACAUAUUAUGAUGUAAAUUAUUUAUUAUACUUUUUUUUUUAAAUUAUAAUAAUAAUUCAAUAAAUUAAUGCAUUUUUCAGGUGGUUUCUAAUCCCAUAGAUAUGAUAAAAAUUCAACAAAAAAUAAAAACUGAUGAAUAUGAUGAUGUUGAUGAUUUACAAGCUGAUUUAGAACUACUAACAAAUAAUGCCAAGUCAUUUUAUAAGGUAAAUUAUUAAUUUUGAUUAUGUUUAAAUAGUUAUUUCAGAAAAAUUAAACUUUUUUAAGUAUUCAUAGAUUUUAUUUAAAUUUAUAUAUAUAUAUUGUAACAUAUUUUUAUGGUUAAUGUUGUUAUAUUUAUACAUUAUUUGAUUUUGUGUUGUUAAUUUUAAUAUUAGAAUGUAUUGGCUUAUUAUCAAACUUAAAAAUAAGAGAAUUAAUUAAUUAAUUAAUAAUUAUUAAUUAAUAAUAAAAUAUUUAAUUUUUAGUCAUUGAUAUUGUUUUUCUACAAUUAUAUUUGGCCCAACUUUUAUGUACAAUAUACUUAUAAUACAUUAAGGGGAUCCUUUUUUGUCAUGACUACUUACCCUCAACCUGUGCCUCUGAGGUGUUGAAAAAUACCUAAAGAGCAUAGGUUCAUUGUUUUAUAGACUUAACUCAAGAAACAUAAAACAUUUUAAAAGAAGUAUAUCAUUUUAAUUGUAGAACAUAGAACAUUCAAUAAAAAAUAUAUUUAUAUUAUUUUUUAUAAAUUUAUGACUUUCGAAAAAUAUUUUUAAUUUGUUUACCGAAAUUGAUAAUUAAACUAUGCAAAUAUUUUUCCUGAAUCAUUAAAUAUAAAAACAAAUAUUUUAUAAAAUUUAAUUUCCUGAUAAAAUGUAUUUUUGUAAAAAAUUCAUUGAAUUCUCCAUUUCAUUGUUUGAGUCAUGUUUUUUAAAUUUUAAGCUAAAAUUAAUGGUAAUUUGCCAAUACAUAUUAUAUUAGCAUAUUAUUUAUAUAAGCUAUGUGAGGGAAAAAUAUGUUAACUACAACUCAAUUAGAAUAUUUUUUAACACAAUUUUACACACUAGUUAUUUAUAACAAUUAUGAUAAAUUUAAUAUUUUCAGAAAAAUUCUCAAGAGUAUAAAGACGCAGUAGAGUUAUGGGAAGUAUUUUUAAAUACUAAAAAUAACUUAUUGGAAAGAGAAGGAACACCCAAAGAAAAAAUUGUUAUUCGUGUAGGAAAAUUAGUAAGUAAUCACUAUAUUCAUUAUUAUGUUUGAAUUUGGUUGUAUAGAAUAAUUUUAUACUCAGAUAUAUGAUUAUCAGAUAAUGAUGGUUAAUUUAUGCAGUGAAUUCUUUUAAAAUACAAUUUGUAUACUAGAAUCAAAUUUCCAAAUAGUUAUUAGUUUUCCAAGUUCUACUAAAUAGGGUCCAAUAAUAAUACAAAUUGUAAUGUUUUAUUUAUAACUUAACUUUUAGGGGAAAAGAGGAGGUUCAGCAGCUUCAGUGUCAAAGUCUGAACAGACUGAUGAAGAAGAAAGUAAUUCAUCAUUGGCCGGAGGUGAUGAUGAGUUAGCCAUGUGCGAAGAUUUAUUUACUGCUGUAAUGUCUGCUACAGAUAAUGACAAUCGUUUAUUAUCAGAAGCAUUUCAGCUUUUGCCCUCUAAAAAGGUAUUUUUUAAUUGUUCUUUAUUCACUAAAUUUAAUUCAAUUUUUAUUUUUAUAUGUAUUCACCAUGCAAGGCAUUAGUUAAAAUAAAUGGUUAAUAACUUAUAUAUAAACAGUGGUUGUGAAAAAAUUAAUAAAUUUUAAAUAAACUCAUUUUUAUAAAAUUAAGAUUUAAAUGUUGAAAAGAUUGAUUAAGUGGGUGAUUUACCCGUAGGAAGUAUGAUGGUGUGACAGUUAAAAUAGUGAAUGGUUUCUUGUGGUGUAGGAGGUAACACUGAAAUAAAUGAAGUAUAGUAUAUCAGAAGCAUCGAUAGUAAUGAUGGACACAACUGAAUAGUUACUAUUGAACUAUUUAAUACUUCAUUGCAUUUAAACUAUUUGAUAGAUUAAAAACUAUUUUAAUAGUUUAUUUAUAUUUAACCUAGAAAAAACCAUUGAUUGUAUAAACUAUUUGGAAGUGUUUAUCUUCUAUGGAGACUUCAACAUUAAUACAGCAAGAAUCUAAGGUAAAUGUACCAAGGGAGGAACGAAUAAGUGUGUACUCGAGCUAAAGAUGAUUGACUUUUAGCUCAUAGACAGCAAAUAUCAACAAAUUUUCUUUGUACUAGUUACUUAUUGCAUUGUUUGACAUGUAGCUGGUCAUAUGUAAAGUAGAGCUGUUACAGAAGAAUCUUACUCAAAGACAGAACACACUAGGAAGAAAUAUAUGAACAAACUAUUUGAAAUCAUUUAACUAAAGUUGAUAUGACAACAAAGUUUCUGGUGUUUGAGUGUAGGACACACUUUAUAUUUACUUGCAUUUUAUGUUGUAAUAAACACUUCUAGGAGAUAUGUUGUAGAAACUUUUAAGUCCUCAGAUUCAUUCUUUGUUUUCUCUCAUUUGUUCACUCUUGUAAAGCCUUAUACUGUGCUCUUGUUUGUUCAAUUAAGGAAAAUUAAAAUGAAUGGUAUUCUGGCCUCUUUCUUUGGACGCUUGUAGUAGUACUAUCAAAUAUGACCAAAAGAAUUCUCUCUGAUUCGUUGUAUACACUAAGGAAAUCUAAUGUCCUCUGCAUGAACCUGUCAAUUAAUAAUAUCAAUUGUCUUUUCCUCCAAUUAUUAACUUCUUUAUUCCUAUUUCCAAUACACUUUCAAUUAUCCCUUUUAUUAUCUCUUUCUUUUUUAGUCUUUUUCAAACUAUAAUUAAUUCAUCUAUCCUACAAAUUAUGCAGUUAGCUAAUGUCAAUGUUGCUAAUCCUCCUAGAUUAAGUGUAUUUAUUGAUAUUAGUUAAGUCUUGAAUUAAUUAUGCAAUUAUAUCAUGGGUUCAUCCCGUAUUUAUAAAAAUAAAAUAAAAUGGUUAAAUAUUUAACAAAAAAAGGAAGUCAAUUAUUGUUCAACCUAAUUAUAAAAAAUAUUGGUGAAUAAUAAUAACAUAUUUUAUUAUUAAUAGUUACCUUUUUAGACUAUGAAUAAGUUACAAAUAGUGUGUGAUCAAAUGAAAUUGAAUUCUUAGUAGGCCACACAUUAGUUUAAUUUAAACAUUAUUAUUUUUUAUUUUUUUGAAUUUCCAGCUUUAUCCAAAUUAUUAUGAAGUUAUUGAAAAUCCAAUCGAUUUACGAUCUAUUGCUCGUAAAAUACAAGAUGGAAAGUAUACAAAUUUAGCUGAAAUGGAGCGAGAACUGUUAAUAAUGACAAAAAAUGCAUGUUUAUUUAAUGAACCUGGAUCACAAAUAUAUAAAGAUGCCAGAACUUUAAAAAAAAUUAUUACUAGUAAAAAAAUAGAAGUUGAUCAUGGAAAAUAUGCACCAAGCAAAAGUAGUGAAAGAAUAAGGUAAAUUUGUUUAUAAAUAAAAUUUACUCUUAUUAUAAUAUUUGAUUGAGUUUAUUGAGAGAGAAUGAUUCAUUUAUAUGUGUACAUAUUUCAAAAUAUAAUAACUUUUUUUUUUUUAUAAUUGCAUGCAUCAAGUAGUUCUAAAAUAUUACAUUAUUAUUGAGUUUUGUCACCCUUAUUUUCAGGAAUUAAAUCACUAUUAACUUGAUUUUCAAAUGGCAAUAUGUCAUAAAAAUAUUAUAAAUACAUAAUGUUUUAGUUAAAAUACAUUUUGAUUUUAAAAAUUUUAAUUUCCGUUAACCUAUUGAAAAGAUAAUUCACUUUUAAGUUUGAGUAGGGCGAGACUAGUGAAGCAUCAUUUAUGUAAUGGUAAAGCACGCAGAGUUUGAAUAAUGCUCCACUACUCUUUCCCUUCUUAAACUUAAAAGUGGAAUAUCAUGUCAAUGAGUUAAAGGGAAUUAAAAAUGUCAACAUCAAAAUGUAUUAAAUUUUAAACUAAAAUUUUAUUUAUGACAUUACAAUUAAUAUUGUCCUUUGAAAAUUAAAAGUAGCUGUUUAAACCCUAUGCAUAAGAUACAUAAAAUUAAAACUGGAUUUUAGAAAAGUAUAUAACUAAAAUUGCUGAAGAAAAAUUUGUUUGAAAAGUCUACUCUUUGAAAUAUCAAGUAUAGGACACUUAAAUGGAUAAUCUUGUGUGUAUAUAAUAUAUACUGUAUUUAUAUUGUAAUUAUUAUAAAAAAAAUGAUAUAUCAUUUUUAAUGAUUGAAUUUAUUAUUAAUAAAUAUUAAAUUGUUUUCCAUUAAGGGCUAAACGUAUGAGAGGUAGUCAAACAUCAAUGUCUGCUGUAACAGCUGCAUUACAAUCUGAAGAAGAAGAGGAUUCAGAUUUAGAUGAAGAUACUGUUACUGAUAGUCAAAGUAGUACGGAUGGUCCAGAUAAUCCUAGGUGGCAGUUGUAUAAUGCUGUGCGAUCUGCAACUGGAAUUGGAGGUAAACAUUUUGAUAUCUAAAUAUUUAUCUUUAACUAAUAAAUUUUUAAAUAUAAUUAUUAAUUUAGGAAGCCUGCUAAGUGAUUCAUUUUGGAGAUUACCUUCCAGGCGGUACUAUUCUAAUUAUUAUCGUGAAAUUCGUAAUCCACUUUCAUUAAUGCAAAUUGGAAAAAAAUUAAAGGUGAGUUUUAGGAUAUUGAUUUUAAACUUAAAAUAAAUUUUAUUUUAUGUUUAGAAUGGUGAUUAUGGUACAGUCAGUGAAGUGGCAGGCGAUAUGAAUAUUAUGUUAGAAAAUGCAAAAAAAUAUUUCAGUUCUGAUACAAAACCCUAUAAAGUAAUUAGUAUUUGCACUUAUUAACAUAAAAUAAAAUAAAUUUAAUUUUUUGUCAACAUUUGUAUGGUCUACUAUUGUGGUUAAAAUUAUUGAGAUUCUAUAGAAAGAAAAAUUAAUAUGUUAAUUUUCAAAAUUAUAAUUGUUGUUAACAUUUUUAAUUUUAAUCUUAUAAGGAUGCAGUAAAAUUACAAAAAAUUAUGCAGACUAAGGCUCAAGAACUGUUAGAUUUAGGACAUCAAGUAUGUAUUUGUAAAAUAUAUUUUGUGGUCAAUAAAUUGUUCAUUAAACUUUUAUUUAUCUCUCUCCAGUAUUCUGAUAGUGAAGAUGAUUCUGCAGAUGACGAAUUGCAGUCAACAUCUAGAGUAUCUAAGAAAUUUGUUCGAUCACCACGUUGUCUCACUCGUGGAAAAUACUUGAAUAAUAUACCUCUCAAGAGACGAUUGUAUGCUUUAUGCAAAUGUUUAAUGGAUUAUACGGUAAAAUAUUUAUUGAGUAAAUUUAAAAUUGAAACAUAUAUUUGUGUGCAGUUUAUAACUUUAUUAUCAAUUUUUUUUCUAAUAGACUGAACAUGGGCGUGUACCCAUGUUAAUGUUUAUGGAAAGGCCAUCUAAAAAAUUGUAUCCAGAUUAUUACAAAGUUAUAGCUGAACCAAUUGAUAUGCUUACAAUUGAAGAGAAAAUUAAACAAGAAAAGUACAAAAGUGAAGAUGAAAUAUUACAAGAUUUUAAAGUAAUCCUUUGAAAUCGUAUUAAAAUUCAAUAUUAUAAUUUAAAUUUUUUUAUUUAUAUUUAAUAGUUUAAAAUAUUUUCAUGUAAAUUACUUAAUAUACACAUGUACCACAAUAACAUAUAAACAUCAAUUGUUUUAGUUGAUGUUUGACAAUUGUCGUCAAUUUAAUGAAGACGGAUCACUGAUUUAUGAGGAUGCAAAUACCUUAGAAAAAGUAUUAUUGGAUCGAUCAAAAGAAUUGGGCCCUGUACUAAGUAAAAAUAAUAAAACGUAAGUUAUUAGUUUAAAAUAUAAAAUGGUAUUUACUAUUUAUUCAUUGAUUGACCUAGAUUUUUCCAUUCAAUUUACAUGUUUGUUACUUAAAGUCAUAACCUCGAAGAUAAAAAUAAGUUAAAUUUGUUUAAUAGAUAUUUCAUAGUUGACAAAAUAAGAUCAAAUAGAUUGAUAGUAAGGGCAUGUUAUGAGUAAGAGGAAUCAAAAACUUUAAAAAUUGUAUUAGAAAUAAAUUUAGGAGGAAAGAGAGAGAGAGGAAAAUUGAUAAAGACUUGAAUGCAGUUGAGAAUGAUAUGAGGAUGAAGGGUAUAUAUGAGGAUGAUUUGGAGGAUUGGGUCAAGUGGAAGUUUAGGACGAGAGUGCCCGACCCCAAAUAGUUGGCAAAGUAGAAGAAGAACGAAUAUUUUAUAUUUUUUAUAAUAAAUAAUAUUACCUUGUCAUUACAACAUAUUAAAAUGUCGAUUAUUACCCUAUUAAGGACAAAGAUACUAUUGUACAUGACAAAAUAAACAGAUAUGACAGCAAUUUCACGGUUAACAACAGAUUCUGUGCAAACAUGGUUGCCGAUUUUUGCCUUUUCGCUUUUAGCAUAUAUAAUUAUAUGUGAUAAUGUGAUACUGAUACAAUAAAUUACAAUUUCCAUUUUGUGUAUAACACAAAGUUGCUGACUUACCUUUUUUGUCAUGUUAUAAUUAUUAAUUAUUAUUUCGUCUUAAUUUGUAUUGAGUUUAAAAUAAACUGUAUGCUUGAAUUGUUUUUAUUUAUUAUAAAUAACAUGAUGACAUAACAGGAAAAUUCAAAAAUACCCUCAAAAGAUAAUAUAAAUUAUAAUAAUGUAAAUAGGUAACCUGCUAAAUGUAUAUAUAUAUAUAUAUAUAUAUAUAUAUAAUAAUAUUAUUCAAUAAAUGUGAUAAUAUACUAUAUUUUAUUAGAGUUUCGAGUUCAUUGUUGAAAUUCCGAAAAUCUCAUCUGCCACCAGCAACUUUGCAAAAAUUGCGUACAUUAUUUAACACAAUUAAAGAUUUCAAAGAUCAAAAAGGUCGUUUAUUAUCCAUUAUCUUUAUGAAACUACCAUCAAAAAUUGAAUAUCCAGACUAUUAUGAAGUGAUAAAAAAACCUAUUAAUUUAGAAGUAAUAUCACAAAAACUGAAAAAUAAUUUAUAUGAAAGCCUUGAUGAUUUAGCUGCGGAUUAUGUUUUAAUGUUUGAUAAUGCUUGUAAAUACAAUGAGCCUGAUUCUCAAAUUUAUAAAGAUGCAUUGACAUUGCAAAGACUCACUUUGCAAACAAAAUUACAACUUAGAGCUGAUGAAGAUAGUACACCUGAUGUUCAAAGUGCAGUUCAAGAAUUAUUAACUUCAUUAUUUACCAAUGUUUAUAAUCAUCAAGAUGAAGAAGGACGUUGUUUUUCAGAUUCUAUGGCAGAAUUACCUGAACAUGAUGAUGUUGAUGGAAAUAAGUAUAUAUAACUUAAUUUUUAAUUGAAAAAUAAGAUAGUUAAAUUUAUGUUAUCUUUAGGGUAAGAGGCCUAUCUUUAGAUUUGAUUAAACGGAGAUUAGAUAGUAACCAGUACAAACGAUUAGACACUUUCCAAGAUGAUUUAUUUGCUUGUUUGGAACGAGCGCGCCAGCUUUCACGUACAGAUUCACAAGUAUUUGAAGAUUCUAUUGAAUUGCAGUCGUAUUUUAUUAGACAAAGGUUUGUAUUUUAAUCUCCCACUCAGUAAACGUUAAAAAUAAAUAUAUUAAAUGUAUAUUAUAUUCGUGUGAUUUAAAAUGAAGCUAAAACCUUGAAUACCAUUAAAUAUAAUGUUUAUUUUAAUUUUAUUUAUAUUAUAUUUUGAUGAUGAUCUUUUGCUAGAAUUGGUCAAAAGAUAUCUAUGUCCAAUGAUACCAAUGCUUUAUUUUUAUGAAAAUUAUUAAAUAUUAAAUUGUUAUUUUUACAUUAGCUCUCAAAAGGUUUAUGCUAAAAAAAAAUUGUAAUUAUUAAUUUUAUAAUAGUAAUACAGCUGUAAAUAAAUUUUGAAUCUAGAGAUGAAGUAUGUCGUAAUGGAGAUUUGUUGAAUUCGCCUGCUUUAAACUAUUCUUUGUUGGAUUUAUCGUUAUCAGUAAAUGAUAUGAGAGAAAGAAAAAUGGCUGAAGAAUCCAUAAGUGGUAAUCCAGAAGAAGAUGAAAUUAAAACUGAAGAUAGUAUUCAAGAAGUAUGUUUUUUAAUUAAAUAAAAAUAAUAUUAAUUAAUAACAUUAAAUUUGACUUGUUAAAUUUUAGGAACAAGAAGAUAAUUCGGCACCUGUAAUUGCUGGCACUGUAGAUGAUUCUGUCUGUGUAAAUCAACUAGUUUAUAGAGUUGGUGAUUUUGUUUAUGUAGAACCAAAUGAACGUGGUCAAGAACUGAUGAUAUUAAAUAUCCAACGAUUAUGGACUAAUCAAGAAUCUCAAAAAAUGUUAUACGGAAAUCAUUUUUAUAGACCUAGUGAAACGUAUCAUUCAUCUACUCGAAAAUUUUUAGAAAAAGUAAGUAUUAAUUUAUUUAAAUGAUUGAAUUUUAUUUGUAAUUUUAUUUGACUAUUUUCUAGGAGGUCUUUAAGUCUGAUUCAUUUAUUUCUAUACCAGUUAGUCAAAUUAAAGGUCGAUGUGCUGUUGUAAGUGUUAAAGAUUAUUUCCGCUAUCAACCUAUAGGGUUUGACGAGAAAGAUGUGUAUGUUUGUGAAUCUAGAUAUACGUUUAAAAGUAGAAGUUUCAAAAAAAUUAAGGUAAACAUUAUCCUGUUCUAAUGUAGUUAUAAUUUUAAAUAUUUUAUCUUAAACAUUGAGUUCUUGUAGAACUGGGCCUCAACUUUAACAGCUACGUGGAAAUUAGUUGAAAGAGAAGAGCCUUUGGAUCCUAAACGAGUAAUGUCAAUAUUUCGCGCCCGGAUGGAAAAACAUAAAGAAGAAAUAGCUGAACUUGAAGAAAAUGAAAAAAUAAUUGAAAAAGAAAAACCAGUUAGUACUUUUAUUUUUAUUUUAUUGUUAAACAAAAAACAAAAAUUAAAUUGUACAUAUCUUUCUGUUCUCAUCUAACUUUUAGGGUGCUUAAGAUAUCUAACCCCCAUACUUUUUCUGAUUAUAUUUAUAAGACGUUUAGUUAAAAAAAUUUUUGCUAUUAAACUAAAAUAAUACUAUAGGUAUAGAGUUUUUAUUGGUGACCCAUGAAAACCAUUAAAUUAUUUUUUUUUUGCAAAAACCAGGAAUUAAUAAAAAAAAUGUUAAAAAGUAUAAAAAUAAAUGUAUAAUUCUUUUUUAAGACUACAAAAAAAAAAUUGUUUAAUAUAAAUUUUGGCGUCAGGCUCUUCUCAGGCCUCCCUCUAUUUGUCUAUCUAUUUUCAAAAAUUAAGAUUUUUUUAUAUUAUAGAUAAUACUUUAUUAUACUGGUCGUGUACAUUUAUGCCAACACUUCUUUUUAAGGUAUAAAUUAAAUUAUUAUUUCUUGUAAAUAGUUUUUCUUUUUAUUAUGUAGAAUGUGAUAAUACCAAAUCCUCCAGGGGUUAUUGAUGAUGGCAGUGUUUAUUAUGAACAGUACAAUGCUCCAAUUGGUGUGCUCAAACCUGGGGAUUUUGUUUAUCUAAAAAAUGAUGGACAAACUCGUAUAAUUCAAAUUGAUAAAAUUUGGAUUAACAAGCAGUAAGUAACCCUAUUUGACAUUAAUAACUUAAAUUCUUUUUAGUAUUUAAAUACUGAAAUAAUUGAUUUAUAGUUCUAAAAAACUUUUUUCCUAACUAAAUUUUACAUGCGAAAGAAUUAUUACAUAAAAUAGGUAGAAUCACUUAAUCAUUCUGAGUUAUAAAAUAUAUUAAUUAGUUUUUACUAUAUAAUAUUUUUCUUACACAAGUCAUAUUCUAAAAUUACUCACCGUACCACGACAAUUUUUAAACUUUUCUUACCUUGAUAUUAAAGGGAAAAUGCUAGAUACACAUUUUAUAAUAAAUUUAGUUAUUCAAUUUUAAAAAAUUUUCAAAAUCAACAUCAGUAAAAGCAAUUAUUUAUGUAAUGAUGUAAUUCAAAGAAAAAUGCGUCCAAUUAAUUUAAACAUCAGUCUACUAGACCAGUCUUUUUCAACCUGGGGUCCAUUGAAAAAUUGUUGUAUUUGAUAUUUGCGUCAUUGUAAUUGAAAAUUGGUUCUUCAUUAUACAUAGGUAUAAUAUGAAUAUAAUAUGGAUAUGUCAUUAAGUUGUGGCAUGUGUACGCUGGAUUUUAUCUAAUUUGAUGUGCCUAUAACAAAUAUUUCAAAUAUUACAAUAUUUCCAAAUUUUUUUUUUUAUUUAUUUCAUAAAUUCUUGUCUAUCUUAAGUGAAAAUAUUUGACGAGUUGACAUUGGGGGUCCAUAAAGCAGUAGUAAGAAGUCAAGGGAUACAUGAUUAAAGGUUUAGAAACACUGUUCUAGACUGGUAGUCUUUAUAAUUGUUGUAUAAGGGUAAAUUUUAGGAUCAAAUCAUGUAAUUAGUUUCUAUGUUAAUUUGAUGUAUAUUUGCUCUAUUUGUGUAUUGUUAUACCUUUUAUUACUAUAUAUACUAUACAUAAAUUAUAUAUAUAUUUUACCAGCAAUAUUGAUAAUUUAGGUAUUUUGCAUAAUAUAUAUUCCUGGUUUUAGGCAAUAUGAAAAAAAUUUAUAAUAAGCAAUAUUAUUUCAAAUAUUGCCUAGGUAUUUUAUAAAAUACCAAAUUUGUCUUAGGCAAAUUAAAAAAAAUCAAUUUAGCAAAUGCUAGGUACUUAAUAUUUCUUAUUUAUUAUUUUUAAUUAUAAUUUAAAUUAUGGCGUAACAAUUUCAUUAUUUUACAUUUUUAUGGCUAAUGUUUUUCUAUCAUAAAUAUUGCUCCAAAAGAUAGACUACAAAAAACAUUCUAUGUAAGAUGUUCAAUGCUGAUAAAAAAAAAAAUUUCAUAUGACAUUGAACAAAAUUUAAAAUCUUUGCCCAUUAACCAAUAAUCAAGAAUUACCAUUUUGUGUAUUAUUUCAUGUUUGUUUUUUUAUUAAUAAUAUAUAGGUACCUCAAUAUCUAUUAUAUUACCUAAUUUUCUUUGGACAUUAUACAUAAUACCUAGUGAUUAUAAUAAUUGUACAUAAUUCCUGGUGUUUUUUUGGCAUUAUGAAUAAUACUGAAUUAUCAAUAUAUUAUUCCCGGUAACAUAUAUACUAUUAUACUAUUCAUAUUAUAUUAUUAUUGUACCUGAAAUGUUUUUUAUCUUUGUAAAAUUACUGUCAGGUGUUGAAAUUUUAAUAAUAAAUAAAUAAUAUUAUAAGAUCAACUAGUUUUUAAAAAAAAAAAUACCUCUAUCGAUAAAAAAAAUGUUCAUGUAAAUAUAUAGAACAUGCUAAUAUUUUGUAAUAUUUAUGUUUUUUUAUAAUUUGAAGUUAAGGUGAUAUUUUUGAAAUAGCAUUCUUUUUCUUUUUCUCCUUAGUCUUCUUCUCAACUUCUUGGGUUGGCCAUCCUCAUCCUAAAAUUCUAUUUGACCUGAUCUUUAACAUUGUCAUUGCAUAUACUUGCUAUCUUCAUAUGAUUCUCAAUCGCAUUUAACCACCUUUUUUUCUGUCUUCCUCUUCCAUUCUUUCCUAUUACAACCUACAUCUAUUUUCAUUGCAAUUCUUAUUGCUUCUGAUUUGUCUCUCUUGCAUGACAUGCCUAAAUCAUUUCAGUUCAUUUUCUCUCAUUCUGUUUACAAUUGAAGCGACAUCUAAUCCAGAUUUAUUCCUUAUCCUAUCUUCUCUCAUCACUUCUUUCAUCCACCUAAGCAUUUUCAUAUCUGUUACAUUUGUUAUCUGUUCUAUUUUUCUGUCUACCUCCCAACAUAAUGAACCAUACAAUAUAGCUGAUCUCAUUACAAUCUAGUAGAACUUACCCUUCAAAUCUUAUUGGAAUUAUCUUGUUACAUAAACCAGCUGAUGCUUUUUUUCACUUUGUGAAAUACCACAUAUAGCAAGCAAUAUAGUAUGUAUAACUUUAUACUAAUCAUUACUAAAUCAGGUCUUGAUUAUAUCAAAUAAAAUAAAUAGGUAAUUAACUUAACAUGAUAAUCUAUGUUAAAUAUAUUAACUAUUUAUAUGAUAAUAUUGAUUGUUCAAAUUUUAUUUAUUUAAUUUUUGCUUUAUCCCAGUAUCAUAAUUUUUAAUUAUUGACAUAUUUUUAAUAUUUCAGAGGAACUGCUUACAUUUAUGGUCCUAUAAUUUUAUAUCCUACAGAUCUUUCAAAUUUUUCUGGUAGACAAUUUUUUAAACAAGAAGUUUUGUUGACUAAUAAUGAAGAAACAGUAUUAGUAUCAAAAAUCACAGGAAAAUGUUCAGUGUUAGAACAUGCAGAUUAUAUAUCAUGUAAAUUAUUAUAGCACAAAUUAAAUUAUGUUCAUCAUUAAUUUUGUUAAUUUUUUUAGGUCGUCCAGCUGAAAUAGCUGAAGAUGAUGUUUAUCUCUGUGAGUCAAUUUAUGACGAAUCUACUAAGCAAAUCAGAGAAUUACCAAAAGAUGGUUUAAAAAAAUAUACUCAUUCUUCAACUGUAAAUCAAGAUGAGUAUUAUUUCUUUAGGAGACUUAUUCAUCCAGUUAAGGUAAUUACUGUUUUACUGUUAUUAUAAAAUGAGAUAUAUAAUUUAAUUUAAUUCUAGGAUGGUGCAACUGAAGUUAAUACUCAAUCAAGUGAUAUUAAAACUGUGUAUAACCAAAAUUAUGAUUCUGUCUCAGUAAGCUCCAUCAUAAAGUUUGAAGUAAAGUUGUUUGUAUUUAAUUUUUAAAUUUAUUAUUAUAAUUACAGAAUGUUAGUUCUCCAGUAAUGCCAAAAUUAGAGCCAGCUGAUACAAUGACAGAAGAUUCAAUGGACGGAGGUCCGCCAUCUGUUAGCUCUUCUGAUCUAGGAGAACGGACUCUGAAUACUUCAACAGUUAUGUCUACACCAUCAUCAUCAAGAAAAAAAAAUCCUAAUCAUAAGAAACUAGUCACUGGUUAUAUAUUGUAUACAGGUGAUGUUCGAAAAGCCGUGGUGCAAAAUAAUCCGGAUCGUAGUUUUGGUGAAGUUAGUCGAAUAGUUGGCAAUGAAGUAAGUUAUAUUAUUUUUUGUAAUAAGUAUUAUAUUAAAAUACUAUUGUGAUAUAUUAUACUUUUAUGUUUGAGAAAACAAUUUUGUAUUUUAAUUUAAUAAAAUUGCAGUGGCGUAAUUUAUCACCAACAGAAAAAUUAGCAUAUGAGGAACGUGCAAAUAGAUUAAAUGAAGAGAAUUAUCCACAAUGGCGCCAACAACCUAUACAAGCACCACCUCCGCCAGAAGGUUCUGAUCUGAUAUGGGAGUGUGGUUGGGAUAAUUGUGAAUGGCAAUUUGAAGAUCAAUCGGAUUGUUUAGAUCAUGCUGUGGCUGAUCAAUACGGUCAUGUACAAACAUUCUUUUCAGCAAUUCCCCCUAAUGGUAUAUUUUAUACAAUAAAAAUUUAAUUUGUUUAUCAAUUUGUGAUUUAACAUCACCUAUACUGUAUAGAUGUAGAGUUCCAAUGUCAAUGGAGAGGAUGUCUUAGAGUUAAGAAGACAGGUAUUGCUCCAUUUCCAAGUUUGCACCGUUUAGUCAGACAUGUUAAAGAAGUACAUAUACUUAAAAAUCCUGGAAAACAUGUACCAUUAUCAGAGCGAAACAAGUAAAUAUAUUUAUUGAGAAGUAUUAGUACUAGUAUUAAUUUAUAAUUUUGUUAUGGUAACUAUGGGGGUUUUUGUAUUUAAUUAAAAAAUAUUCAAUCAUUUUCUAAAAAUUAUUAUUUAUGAAAAAAAAAUAAUUAAUCUAGAGAUUAGAUACAAUUUGAAAUCAAUAUAAAUAAAAUAAUACAAUUAAUAAUUCUAAAGUUUUAAAGACUAGAGACUUAACUAAAUCCCCAGUUAUAUCAAAAAUAUUACUACCACUUAGUUCCGAGUUUAUAAAAAAUAAUAUUUAUAUUUGUAGAGGGUAAAUUAUUUUGCAUAAUUAGUAGAUAAUAUUUGGAUAACAAUUAAUUUUUUUCUAUUUAUUGUUUAAAUUGAACCCUGCAUUUUUAAUUAGUAAAAAAUGCACCUAUUGUAAAAUAAAGACUUUUAUUGGUAAAAAGACUAAUUAAAAGCUAAAGACAUCACACUUCUUUUAUAAUGACAAUUUUAUUUAUUUAUUUUGAAAUACACUCAGUUGAAUGAAAAGCAUUCAGUACAGAAAAUGUAUAACAAUACAAAUAUGAAAAUGUACAUAAAUAGUGAAAAAAAUAAAAAAAAAAUAAUGUUCAGUAAAUCUAUAAGUGUUCUAGGUAUAUAACUAGAGUACAGUAUAAAAGUUGAAAAAAAAAGUUAAAAAGAGAAUAUAUUGAUUUGUAGCAUACUUUAAAAGGAUUGAAAAAUAUCAAAAUAAUUUUGAAAGUUAUUACAAGAUACUAGUGCUCUAUUGAUAGGGAAAAAAUAACCAUUAAGUGUUUAGUGCCUAGUAAUGUGAAAAGAUAGCCGGUUUCUAGAGUUAAAAGUGGGAACAGAUAAAUUAAUUUGACUAAGAGGAAAACUGUCCUCAAUAGUGCCAUUUAAGAUUUUGUAAAUAAAAAUAACUAUAUUUAAUAAAAAUAAUUUUUAUUUAAACAGAUAUUUUAUAAUAGUAGAAUUUACUUACUACAUACUUAAAAAUUUAAUUAAUUUUACAAUUCAGGCAAUUGGACACAAAAGGUAUUUUAGACAAGUUAUUUGUUUUACUAUUGUACUGACAGUUGCAAACAACUUAGAUGUGAGAAUAAUGUAAGAAAGUACAAAAUCUAUAAAGAAAAAUUCAAAAUUGUUUUAAUUCAAUUUUUGUUGGUACAUUGAAUGUAACAGUACCAUGCCAUUUAUUUUAUUAACUUGCUCAUUAGUUGAUGACAAUAUUGCUCAUUCCUGAAACCAACUCAAAGUCAUAGUAGAAAUGGUCGAUAUUUCUGGGUAAACAUAAAAUCUAUAAUUUAAAUCAGCAGAAGUUUCAUUACUAUGAACUAAAUAUACUUUUUUAGCAUUUGCAGUGUUGCAUCCUAUAUUAGAUCUUUGUUUAGGCAUGACUAAAAUGCAAACAAUUUUUAUAGACAGUUUACAGUUUUAUUGCAUAAUACGGCACAUAAAUCUUUAUAAUUAUUUUUAUUAAUAUUAUUACCAUACAUAUGUUUUAACCAAUUUUUUUUCAUUGUUAUUAAAGUAAUCCAAAUAAAUAAAUAAAUAAUAGUAAUGAAUAAUUAACAAUAACACCUAAAACCAAAUUUUGGGGGAUGGUUUUUGAAAGUUAUAAACUUUCUUUGGUUAAUUGUCUAUCCAACAGUGUAACCCCCAUCAAAAUCCAUUUAGCUGUUUCGGAGUUUAUCCCAAAAAAAAAAAAAAAAACAGUGACUUCAUUUUAUACUAUAUAUUUGUAUAAUACAUGUUUUCUUUGCUAUUGUAUUUCAUGUUCUAACCUUAGAUAAUAUACUAUAGAUAGAACUAUUGUCAAAUUAUUUGAAGACAACAUAUUUUAGUGAACUGUACACAUGGUUCCAAUGCUACCAAUUAUUCAAAUUUAUCAAAUAUAAUAAUUUGUAUAUUUCCAAUAUUAGAUUAUUAAAAAUGGAUAUAAAGUUUGUUGCCCUCUCCUACUACUCUGGAAUAAAUUUUAAACUGUUAUAACCCAUAAAUGGAGUAUAUGAUUAAGUGUCAUACAUAUAAACAUUUUUAGAAAAAUAUUCUCUUUUCAAACAUACAUUUAAAAAAGAGAGUAGAAAUAUUUGAAAACCAAAAGUGUUACUCGUUUAAGUUUUAAAGAGAUGAGAUAAAAAUUGAAAAUAUUGUUAAAAUAAAGCUUAAUUAUAAUGUUUAUAAAAUAACAAUUGCUUAUUUUAUGAUAAAUAGAUGAUUCAAAAAAUUUAUUUGAAUUCUACUUUAAAACAUUUAGUUUAAUAAUUUUAAUACAAUAUAAUAAUAAGUUUAAUAGUUUAUACAUUUUAUUAUAAGAAUUAUAAAUUAUAUUCAACAAACUUAAUUUCAGAAAUUUCAUGUCGAGCACUCGCUCAGUCGUUGCAACUACUUCUGUUUUAUCAGUGACACCAGUGUCUCCACCGCCAAUUGAAAAUUCGAAUGGUCUGUUUUAGUUUGCAAUAAAUUCUGGUGGAAUUACUUUAGCAUGAUUGUUUUAAUUUGUUUUCCAAAUUAUUUUAGUAAUUUUCUAAUUUCUAAAAAUGUUGAAUGACUUCUUGGUUUUGUAAUAUUUCUAUAAUUAGUUUUUUUAGGAUUGGUUUUAGCAGUUAUUUUAAGUAUCAUUGUUUAAUAAUUUUAGUUCAUUUUAAUCUAGUUGCUCAAAGUUACAAUCAUUUUUAUUUUCUUACAGCUACUUGCUAAAAAGUGAUUUUAUUAUUUUAAACAUAAUUUAUUAAAAAUGUAGAUAUUAUUUUUAGUUUGAUUCCAGUAGUUUGCGUUAAUAUAUUAUAGUUUUUUUUUGUUUUUAAUAUACUUUGUAAAGUUCAGUAUUGUAUAUAUAUAUAUAUAUAUAUAGAUGUGCAUGUUGUGUGUUGCUUUUUAUAUUGAAUUUUGAAAUGCUUUUUAGACAAGUAGUACAUUCGACACGCUUGAAAAAAGAACAAAUUACCCCACAACAAGUACCACAACAACAGUAUACAAAUCAAUCAGGUAAAGUUUUAGGUGUUUUGGCUUUUGUAGAUAUCUUAUAUUAUUUGAUUCUUUUAAAGAUUAAGGGUGGAUAAUCCAAAAAAAAUCUGUUAUUAUCCUACUUUAUUAUUUUUAAAUUAUAAAAUAUGCAUAUUAAUUUUUUUCUAAAUAUGUAGUUGGAGGAGCUGUCAAUGUUUUAAAUCAGAUAAAUAGGAAUACACCAUCACCCAUGUCUCAAAAUGGUAAUUAUAUUUGUGAAUAGCAUAUAUUAUUUCCUUUUGUUAAACAUAUGAAACAUUGAUUAAUGUCACACUCGAUUUUAGGAUCAGCAAGUAAUAAUAGCAUAAUUAUUAAUAAACAUCCUGAGCCAUUAUUUGUAACAGUUCCACCAAAGCCUACGAGGGUAUUUCAUUCUGAAGCUUACAUCAAGUAAAAUAUAAAAAAUUUAAAUUGUCAAACAUUUUUUCUUACUACUUUUAAAUUUGUAUAGAUACAUUGAAAGUUUGAAUCUGGAGAGCAAACCUAGUUGGGAACGUCAAUUAAUGGCUACCCAAGAAAACACUAAGGGUCCAGAUGAUCCAAAUUCGCUCCCAGCUGUUCAAUGGUUGGGGAAAGGAAUUGGUAAUCAUGGAAAUGUUUUAAACGCAUUAUGGGCACUAAGAAAUUUUAUGAUGAAAGAUGCCAUGGGUCUAUCAAAAACAGAUGAAUAAGUUAUUGACCUUGGUAUAAUUAUGAGAAUUCGCUUAGUUUUAGAUGGAUAUAUUUUCUUUAAUAUUAAUUUAAUUUUUAUUCAAAAAUCCAAAUACAUCCAUUUUUUUUUUUUUUUUUUUACUAUUAUCUAAAUAUCUUUUAAAAAAAUAACUAUUAAAGAAAUUUAAUUAUAAACAAAUUAUUUAUACAUUGUGUUUUUGAUUUAAAAAUCACUAACUCUUCCUUUUCGCUCCCAAUCUCCAUAUCUGGUUGGUUCGGGUCCUUUUGGGCCAUUAAGUUCACCUGUUGUUGGAUUGCGGCCUUCAGGCCAUUCUUUAAGUGGUUCUUUUUCUUGAAAAGGAUGCUUGCCAGCUUCCAGUUCAUCCAAUUUCCCUUUAGUAAGAUGUAAUGGUUAUUACUAUGGCAGAUAUUUAUUUGCUCUUCUAAAAACCUUAAAAUACAUAUGCAAAUAUGUACUAAAAAUAACAAAAAUGCCCUUAAAAUAUGUUCUAAAUACAAAUAUAUACUAAAAAAAACAUGUUGAAAGUAAUAAAAUAAAAUAAUAAAGUAAAAACAAAGUUAUUAAAAUAAUAAAUAAAUGAAUCAAUGUGUCACCUGGAAUUUUAUGUGUAUUAUAUAACCGGUUUUGAAUUAAAAAUCCAUUAUCAGG